AUGGCUACCAGCAUCGAUACUCUGGACAUCCUCGUCUUGGCUGUUCUUCUGCUAGGCAGUAUAGCCUAUUUCACCAAAGGAACCUACUGGGCUGUACCCAAGGACCCAUAUGCCACCAGCUCUCUCAAUGGCAGUGCCCUCAAGAAGGGAACGAGGAACAUCCUCGAAAAGAUGGAGGAAAGUGGCAAGAACUGUGUGAUAUUCUAUGGUUCACAAACAGGAACUGCCGAGGACUAUGCUUCUAGGCUGGCGAAGGAAGGGUCCUCAAGAUUCGGUCUCAAGACCAUGACUGCUGACUUGGAGGAGUACGACUACGAAAAUCUCGACCAGUUUCCCGAAGAUAAAUUGGCAUUCUUUGUCAUGGCCACAUAUGGAGAGGGUGAACCUACCGACAACGCCGUCGAAUUCUGGGAAUUCAUUCAAGCCGAUUCUCCUAGCUUCUCCAAGUCCUCUGACGAGAAACCUCUCGGCAAUCUUAAAUAUGUUGCUUUUGGUUUGGGUAACAAUACUUACGAACACUACAACUCUAUGGUACGAGGUCUGGACAAGAUUUUGACGAAAUUGGGUGCAAAGAGAAUCGGCGCUGCUGGUGAGGGUGACGAUGGCGCAGGCACCAUGGAAGAAGACUUUUUGGCCUGGAAAGAACCAAUGUGGAAGGAGUUGCAAGAAGAGAUGGGUUUAGAAGAGCGGGAAGCAUCCUACGAGCCAGCCUUCAGUGUUGAAGAGAAGGAAGAAAUGAACAAAGAAGAUCCUAAUGUUUACCUGGGCGAGCCCAACAAGAACCAUCUCGAGGGUAGCCAGAAGGGACCCUUCAAUGCAUCCAACCCCUAUAUUGCUCCUCUGGCCGAGUCAAAGGAACUUUUCACUGUCAAGGACCGUAACUGUCUCCAUGUCGAGAUUGACGUGUCAGGCUCGAAUAUCAACUAUACCACUGGCGAUCACAUUGCGAUAUGGCCUACCAAUGCAGGCAUGGAAGUCGACAGAUUUAUCAAGGCCUUUGGUCUGGAAGAGAAGCGACACAACGUUAUAUCAGUCAAGGGUCUGGAUCCAACUGCCAAGGUCCCCUUUCCAACACCUACCACAUACGAUGCUGCUGUACGCUACCAUAUGGAGAUCUGUGCUCCCGUCUCACGUCAAUUUAUGGAUACCCUAGCAGAAUUUGCUCCUUCCGAGGACGCAAAGAAAGAGAUGAAAAAGAUUGGCACAGAUCCCGACUACUUCAAGGAAAAGGUCGCCAACUCCUAUUACAACAUUGCCCAGGCAGUAACAUCAGUACAUCCUGGACCCUGGUCGUCGGUGCCCUUCUCGUGUCUCAUCGAAGGCAUCACCAAAAUUCAAGUGCGCUACUACUCCAUAUCCUCCUCGUCAUUGGUACAACCCAAGAAGAUUUCUAUCACCGCAGUGGUUGAAUCCGUCCGAGUCCCGGGAGCCGGCCACGUCGUCAAAGGAGUAACGACCAACUAUCUCUUAGCUUUGAAGCAGAAACAGAACGGUGAUCCGGAUCCAUCACCACACGGUUUGACAUAUGAAAUCACCGGCCCUCGAAACAAGUACGAUGGCAUUCAUGUGCCUGUACACGUUCGUCACUCGAACUUCAAGUUACCAUCCGAUCCUAGCAAACCAAUCAUCAUGGUAGGUCCAGGUACAGGCGUGGCACCUUUCAGAGGCUUCGUGCAAGAGCGUGCAGAACAAGCAAAGCGUGGUGAGAACGUUGGCGAGACUGUUCUAUUCUAUGGCUGUCGGAGAAAAGAAGAAGAUUGGCUAUACAAGGAUGAGUGGGAGCAAUACAAAUCCAACCUUGGUGACAAUUUAACAAUCUUUAAUGCCUUUUCCCGGGAAAACCCUGACAAGAAGAAGUACGUCCAACACGACAUCUCUGCAAACUCCAAACUAGUCAAUGAUUUGCUGCAAAAGAAAGCAAACUUUUACGUUUGUGGUGACGCAUCACACAUGGCACGGGAGGUCAACGAAGUGCUAGUUGAACUCAUAGGAAAGGAAAGGAAUAUUCCAAAAGAGAAAGCAGAACAAAUCGUGAAGAGCAUGCGCAGCAGUGGGGUCUACCAGGAAGAUGUCUGGUCUUAG